CCCUGGAAGUACUCUUCGAAAAGAUCAAACGCGAUCGCCACUACAGCAGUAACUACGACUCCAAGCUGGAUGCAGGAUGUAACUCCAAAUCAUACGGAUCGAGUCCAAACGCUGGCAGUGGCUUUGAUUACUACAUGCAGGGAAAUUACUUUAAUCAAACCUGCCACGACACUUACGCACUCGAACACUACGAAGCCAGUCGACGGAUCGCCGAGUCGCGAUCACCGCAGCACAAACGCCAAGGCGCUCCCGGUAUGCCCACCUCGAUCAGCUAUCCUCGCUUCAUAUCAAGUUCGGCCAUGGCAGCCGCGACCAUCGCCGAACAAUCCCCGGAAGAAGACUUCAUACCUUCGUUGACAUCGAAAGCCGCCCAAUACGGGGGAGCCACUGUGAAAAGCCUCAGCAAAGAUUUCGCCAACCAACGAAAGCAGAUGAACUCCAACCCGUUGUACAACUGCAAUGAAGGCAACGAACUGUUCGUCCGCAAAACGGUGAACGCAACAAAUCAGGUAAGCCGGUCGGACAUUUUCGGAAUAGAAUCAUCCGUAUACGUGAUGAAGAAAUCUUGUAGUUUUGAAAUCGAAAUGGGUGGUCGACGGAUAGCUAGAAACUCGAAAAAGUUCGAGCAGAACUUGCAGCGGUUCGAACAGGAACGUCAGCAAUCGGAUCGCUACCAGUUCGGAGGCACCUUGGAGAUGGACUACGUUCCGCACAAGCCUCCGGUAGCACAUCGAAGGUCUGCUAGUAUGAAGGGUCGUGGGAGGGUACGCUCCAAGGAAAAGUUCAACACGAUCAUCGGACAAAUGUCGGCUUCGUCGGGGUUCGAAGACAACAAGCUGCGGGACUUUGUGAACAAAGACUACAUGCCCAAGGAUUUCGGCGUACCGGGAUGCUCUCGAAGCAAGAGCAGAGAUACCAAUGAGGAGAAGUCGUUCGAGAUUUACGUCGCAGAAAAGGGAGUCUGCGAAGAUGAUAACAUGGAUAGCUUGGAAUUGCUGUCCAAACCGGAUAUGCGCAUGGCGCAUUCUGUAGACUCACUGGACGAAAUCCACCACCUUCCGGUGCAACAACCCAAAGGAAGUAAAGAUCCUCCGGAAAAGGGCAAAACCGAACUAGAGAAGCUGAUCGACUUCAACCUAAUCUCGUCCGCCGAAUACAACAAAUUCCUGGACAUCGAGAAAAAAAUCGACAUCAUCAACAAACUGGUAGAAAUGGAAGAGCGCAAGCUAGAACAGGAACGGCUCGCCAAGGAAACCCGCAUGAAGCCGUUCGAGUGCGACUCGCGCCAGAAAGGAUACGUGAAAAGCUUGACGGAGAACUUCGACAAGCUGGCGAAGAACGCCCAAGAGGAGUUGGAAAACGAGAAAAGUUGGCACAUGGCAGUGCGAGCCGGGAUGAAGCGGAACUUUAGUUUGCCGGAUGUGCUGGAGGGGGCCAAGUUUCAGGCGUUCGAUUUCGAGGACGUGUUCAAGCAGAAGGACGAAGAGGAACUGUCGGAGAAGGACGAGCACUCGCUGGGAUACGUGGACGGUGAAGGCGGUAAUCCCCGAAGCUUAAUCUCUGCGCAAGAUAGUGAUGAGUCAUCGAUUAGACGUGCUUGCUCGCUUAGUGAUUUGAGUAUGGGAAAAGCUAACAACAAUUACAAACCAGUGCCUAGCAGUCGAGGAUCGGUUCAACAGCGAAACGCCCCGAAACGGAGUACGUCCUCGGUUGGGAAAGGUGGUGCUUCACUUUCUUCGGGAAUGGGAGUACGUAGUGUGUCCGUUGGGAUGCUUAAUCAAGCGAGCGACUCGGAACCUGAACCGCCAACCCGGGGUGGCCUGAUGAAACCCACCAUCAGUUCACAGAACAAGGUCAACGGUACCAACAAUGGCAACAACGGCAAGUACAUUAAUCCCCGCAGCGCAGCCGGAAUCAUCAACCGACGGAAAGGUCUUCAGAGUGCUUACAGUAGUGUCAACAUAGCAUCCGCAGCCCAGGAUGAAUCCAGCUCGGAGGAAUCGCCCACCAGCACGGUGAGUACGGUGCCGCAGAAACCGGCGGUACCACCACGGCCGCGAAGUAUCGCUCUGGAGCACAAACGGAUAGCGAACGUGAAUGCCAGCUUGAACGCGAAGAAGGCCCCCACCACCAACAUGGAGAUGGAGACGAUGAUCAAGGAUGGUGAUCUGGAUAACGCCGAUCUAACCAACCAACUGUGCUCCAACAUCAUCAACCAGCUGGUACAAACGACGACCUCGGUGAUUCAGCUGCAUCAGCGGUUAAAAUCGAACGACGAGUCCGGCGGAGGAAGUGGACGGAAUAACUCACUCAUGAUCAAGGAGCUGGAGAAUGCGGUCAUCAUGACACAGAAUAUGCUGACGAAGGUUACGAAUAGGAACAUUGGCGGCGACAGCAUCAACCACAACAACAGCACCAGCAUGUACGAGAAGUGCAACGACAUUCUGAAUCAAGUGCAAAAGCACGUCAACAACAACGGCUGAACAGCAGCAGCAACAACAACAGCAACCGAAAGCAGCAAUAUCUACGACUAGUAACUGCCCCCCAGGAUUACACUCUACUUAAGAACUUAAACAAAAAAUACCAACCUCUAAUCUGUAAUAGUGUAACCAUCUUCCAACAAUUUUCCCCCUUGUUCUUUGGAUCGAUACGUCUAUUUAUCUAUGUAUGUAUACAGUAAAUUCGGCAUCUUAGGUUUAAGUCCAAACAGAGUUGAAACGUAUAAAGUGUCACGUAUGUGAGUGGUCGUUUAUUCGAAUGUUUGUUCAAUUAGGAAGUCCAGAAUCAGCUUUAAAACAGGAUUUGUAUGUAGUUGUGGGGUUUGUGUGUGCGCGUGUACGUGUAAAAACUUAAAAUAAACAAAUGUGUUUGAAUGUGCUUAAAUUUGAAGCGGAAAUGUCGAAGAAUUGACGGAAGCGUACAACGCAGUUGCUGUUGGAAAUGAAAAAAAAAAAUGGAAUCAAGUUACGUCCAGUUUAGUUUAGAUGUGGUUAGCAAUUAGGUUUUAUACAGUUUUUCGUAGGAAAUGUAAUGAUUAGGUUGAUGAUUAGGAAGACAAAAAGCCAUAUCUAGGUAUGUUAAAUGAACAACGUUGAGUAGGAUCCUUCUGUUUUGUGUUAUGCCGUCGUCAGACGUUAGGAAAUGAUGGUAAGGUUAAUCGUUUUAGCGCGCUUAAAGCUUAUUCUUCUUUAAUUUUAAACUAAAUUAUUAACGUUUACAACCGGGAAGGGUCUGGGGCGCUUAGUUGAUUUAGUUUUGUUAGGCUAUUUUGGAUUCUGGAUGGGACAGAUUUGUUCAACUAGAAUGCCAUUUUUGGAGCGACGACUUUUGCUCGAGAAGGGUUUCGAUUGGUGAUGUUCCCGUCUUUACAAGUUAAUGGAAUUAAUAUUUGAAGAUACUAGUUGUACAUUUAUAGGUUCCAAUCUAAUGAAGAACAACUCGUUUAACAAGUUUCUAGUACUUUUGAAUGGUAUAACAUAUAAAAUAACAAUCACUUAAUACCUAUUAAAUCAUAUUGAUUUAUCCUACUAAUUAAUAAGUGAUCCACAAUUUAAGAAGAAAAAAAACCGUAAAACAGACGAUUAAACACGUUUUCUGAUACUCGAAGUCCGGCAUCUCACAGAGCAAACAAUACAAAAAACCAGACACAUCUUGUAAAAUACUACAAACAUUCUAAAAUAAACAACUCAAAAAACUCAGAGAACAUCAAUUCAACAAGUUAAAGUUCAACAAAGAGAGUCAGUAGAAAUCAGUGAUUUCAUCAAGCAAACAAACAAACAUACAAACAAUGCUUUCUACAAUUCGCCUCAAAGUUCAUCAUCUUAAUGAAAGUACUCACCCGUUUUUAACAAUGCAGAUGGAAUAGGGAACGAGGUCAAACUCAUCACAAAACAAACACACUAUCAUCGUACCGAUGAUGUUCAUUCAACGCGCAGUAACAAACUAACUAUUGAAAAUAAUCUACCAGCCAGUUCGGACGAAUGUACGUACACAAACGAGAGCUAUUACUAACCUAUUGUCACAUGGGCGAAAUAGAACAGCGCAAUUCAUGGUGCUUCAUUUGCAGUUUGUAAUUAGAGUGCAGAAGCGUGGAUAGUUUGUGCAACAGUUGGUUUUUGCUGUACCUAUUUGACAGUGAAAACUGUAGGAUCUUUAAGGUUUUAUGAGUUCUGACUGAUAUCCUGAAGAUCUAGGAUUCUCCUAAUACUGAUCGACGGAUAUUUUGUAACGUAAACUACCGACAGGGCAAAAACAGUGAUUUUUUUUAACUUUGCAUAGCCAUAUCUCAGUAACUCCUACACUACGAACUAUCUGCGAAGCAACCAAGAAUCAGAUUUUCUUCGAACAAUAACAUUAUGGUGAGUUGUGCAACGGUAAAUGAAGCACCUUAUAGCUGUUCAAAAAAGUCUUGCUUUCACUUCUCAGAACAUGGAAAUAAGCUUUGUUGAAUUAAUUGGGUAUUAAACCACAGGAAUGAAACAUGGUCGGUUAAGGGAUAACGGUUCCGAUGUGUUUCAUUCUUGUGCAAAAUUGAGCACUUAUGAUCCUAUGUUUAGAUGGACUUGAUCAAAAGUUCUUAUUCGGAAUUGCCAACUAGUUUUUGAAAUGGAGCACAGCGAAUUGUGUUGUUUGAAGUCCAACUGUAGAAACAAACAAGGAUUUUUGCAACCAUGUGUAGCAUUCGUUAUACUUUUUUGUAUAAUAGCCAAUUCGAGAACAAAGAGAAAACUACAUUUCACAUUUGAAUACUUACUUCUGAAACUAAAUUGAAGAACACAAAAUCUACUCUAACAAACUUAAAAACAACAGAAACGAACAGAAAUUCUCGAGUUUGUAGGAACGAAGAAGACGAAGCAGAAGAGGAAAAUAUAUUUAAAAGUCAUAUUUUAAAACCAAAUGAAAGACAGCAAGCGUUUGUUUCUUCUCUUUAACUAUACUGCCCUGCUUUCUUGCCCAAAUGCUUUCGCCGUAGUUCUAACCCGUAUUCUAACUAACCAUCAAAAAAUCUGCUUUUUAUUCCCCUUUUUAAUCUGUAUGUACACAGUGCUGUAAGUAGUGCUGCGCUGCGCUGCGACCGAACAAGCUUCGCUGGUGGGUGAUAUGUGAUCUGAAGUAGCAUCUCUGCUUCCAAAGUGGUUGCUUGGCUUAGGGAGGUCAGAUGAUGCGAUGGCGAUGCGAUGAUGGUGAAUGUCUUCCACGCCGUGUACAUUGCUUCUCUAGACGUUUCGAAGGCUAGAGAAUGGUGCAAUGGCCAUAGUCUGGGAUCUGCGCGCGGGAUGGAAGGCUUGGUUGGCUUGAUGGCUUACUGACAGGUGAGUACCUAAUGCGAACUAAUUUUCCACUAAUUCAACUGACCAGGCAGCCGAUCGUUGACGAUAACGGAUAAAAUGGUAUUCACGUAAGAUAUGACGUAGAAUUAAGCUACUGAAAUGUAUAUCUAUAAGGAAGUAAUGUAAAUAUAGUACCACUACGCAUCAUUCAACAGUCAACUAAUGGAACUGGCGAUGUACAGAAGACAAAUAAAAUUCAGCCGUUGUUGUUCAAA